UUUUUUUUUGCUACUGCCAUCCACGGCUCCGGUAGACAGGUUAUCCGUAGACUAUGCGCCGGUCAAAACUGUCUACACCCUUCACAUGCAGGUUCCGGGGCUGCGGGAGACGCGUUCCGACGGCUCACUCGUGCUUCCGGCGUUCGGCCCGUCCCAGUUCCGCCCGGAACUGCACUCGACGACUUAUCGCUGCGUAGCCUCGAACACCGUGGGACUCGUGAAGAGCCGCCUGGCGCACGUCCGAGGAGUGGUGCUGGAGAAGUUCGUCGCAAGCGUCUACGACGUGUACGUGGUGCGCGGCAACUCGGGAAUCCUCCGCUGUCACGUACCUCCCACCGUCAAGGAUUACAUCAAAGUGACGUCAUGGGUACUCGACGAUGGCGUCACCAUCGGCACACUCGAAGGAACAGGCCUUGGCAGCCGCUACCUGAUGCUUCCCACGGGCGAGCUCAUUGUGCGCAACGUGGAGAAUGCCGACAGUCAGCGUUCCUAUCGGUGCCAAGUGCAGAAUGUGCUCACUGGCCAGAGCCACCUCAGCACCACCGCUGGAAGGACAAUCAUCACCGAACCCCACAGCCAGCUGCCACCUCGGAUGAUCGAGUACGGCAGCGUUGUACAAGUGGAGCAGGGAGAGCGUGCAGUGCUGCCUUGCCUGUCAGAGGGACACCCACGUCCGCGACACUACUGGUCCCGCCUCACCGGCCACGGACUGUCGAAGGAGUCAGGCGCGACUGACGGCGGCGAAAUAUCUGUGAUUCUGAAGGCUUCUGACAGAGUCUCCCUACUGCCCGAAGGUCCGAUGAUAUUCCACACUACACGCAUCCAGGACAAUGGGCGGUACUUGUGCGUCGCCAACAACUCGGCUGGCGAGGACAAGGCGCACGUGGAGCUCCUGGUCACUGGGCCUCUGUCGGCACGUAUCGAACCGGUUGUUCAGGUCGUGGACGUGGGCAGGGGGGCAAACAUGAGCUGUCGCAUCGCUGGGCACCCCGUACAUGGCGUGCUGUGGACACACAACGGCCUGCCCCUCUCGUCGGCCCACUCGGCGAGCCCACACGCUUCCCUGAUCGGCAGAAGCGGAAGUGGGAAGCCACCUUCCGGCGUUCCUUCUGGUCGGAUUUCUCUUUUAUCUCGUGACCUUCUUCAUGUGUCUACAGUGGAGCGACAGGACGGCGGAAUGUACCAGUGUACCGUCUACAAUCACGAAGACUCUGCUCAGGGUUCUUCACAGCUCGUCAUAGGAGAAGACGCGCCCGUUUUGGAGCACGUUUUCUCGGAGCGCCAGGUGCGUCCUGGAGGCAGCGUCUCCCUGAGGUGCUCGGCCUCGGGGAAUCCUUUGCCCCAGGUCACGUGGUCCUUGGACGGGACACCCGUGCCAGAGCACUACCACGUCCGCGUCGGCGACUAUGUCAGCGGCGAACGACUGGUGCACAGCUACGUGAACCUGACCGGCGUGCGAGUGGAGGACGGUGGCCUCUACUCUUGCGCGGCCCGCAAUGGGGUUGGCCAUGUAUCUCACUCGGCCAGGCUGAACGUGCUGGGAAGGCCCAUGGUGCGACCCAUGGCCAACGUGACGGCCUUAGCAGGACGCACCAUGCGGCUUCACUGCGCCGUGGCAGGCCACCCCAUACAGAGCAUUGUUUGGCAAAAAGAUGGCCGAUCGCUUCCGCAGAACCACCGCCAGCACAGCUUCCCAAACGGCAGCCUGGUGGUUUCCGAGGUGCAACGUAGCGUGGACAGCGGGUGGUAUGCGUGCGUCGCACGGGAUCCUCAAGGAAACACGGCCAGAGGGCAGCUGGCCGUGCACGUUAUGACUCCUCCCCUCGUGAGUCCCUUCAGCUUCCCGGACGACCUCACCGAGGGCAAGAGGGCGGGCGCCGCAUGCAUCAUCUCCGAAGGUGAUCUUCCCAUCACCAUCCAGUGGCUGAAAGACGGACGGCCGUUAGAUCCAGAGCUAGAGGCGUCGGUCGCCAAAGCGAACGACUACACCUCGUUUCUCUCAUUCACGGGAGUGCGCCAGUUGCACUCGGGGAAUUACACCUGCGUCGCGUCGAACCCUGCAACAUCGUCCAACUAUAGCGCAGCGAUGAUUGUCCGAGUUCCUCCUAUGUGGAGGCAGGAGCCAGUAGACAAGGCUGCCGUAAUGGGCCAAGCGGUGAGCUUCGAUUGCCAAGCGGAGGGUUUUCCAGUACCCGUUAUUCGAUGGAAAAAGGAACACCGUACAGAAAGCGGUCGCGAGUUUGCGGUAAUUAUCAGCAACGCUAACGUGCAAAUUUUGGAAAACGGCUCGCUCAGCAUCCGCGAGGCCGACCGUUUAGACGCCGGACACUACAUGUGCCAGGCGCUGAACGGAGUUGGACCUGGCAUAUCCACUGUCAUCAAGCUCGACGUGCACGUGGCGGCACACUUCGAACGCAAGUUUCAUGCCCUCACAGUUCGUCGUGGUGACAACGUCGCUCUCACUUGCCGCGCCAUCGGCGAGCCGCCAAUCACUGUCACGUGGGCACGAGACAGGCAUGCAUUCAGCCCUGCCUUGGAGCCAAGGUACGUGGUUGAAGAGAAGCCCGGAGCUGAGGCACUCGAGUACGUGGUACGCAUCCCGAGUGUGGACCGCAGGGACUCCUCGCUGUUCAGCUGCUCCGCCGAGAACGCCUACGGCAAGGACGACACCAACUUCCAGGUCCUCGUCCAGGAACCCCCAGAGAAACCUCGUGGCUUGGAGGCAUCGCAGACAACAAGUCGUUCGGUGACAAUCUCUUGGACGGCGCCCUACUCCGGUAACAGCCCCGUGAACAAGUACCGCUUGGAAUACAAGCAUAGAGACGGCACAUGGAAGCGUGACUCGCGCAUGUCGACGAUUGACCCCACAGAGUCCACACACGUGGUUUCUUCACUGCGCCCAAAGACCGCCUAUGAAUUUCGGCUUAGGGCAGAAAACGUCAUCGGUCCCAGUGAAUUCAGCGAAUCGCUCGUGGUAACAACCGAUGAAGAAGCUCCUAGCGGCGCCCCACGGGACAUCAAAGUGACACCGACAGGUUCCAGGAGUCUUCAUAUAGCCUGGAAGCCACCCUUGGAUGAAGACUCCAACGGCCUGGUCCAGGGUUACUACGUCGGAUACCGAGUGCACGACGCUAAAGAGUCAUUUGCAUACAAGACCCUGGAGAGCUCUCCUGCUUCGUCCUUACAACAGUGCGAGCUGACCGACUUGCGGCGGAAAACACGCUACAGUGUCGUAGUCCAGGCGUUCAAUGCGAAAGGCGCUGGACCCGUGUCUGAGGAAGUCCACUCCCAGACACUCGAAAUAGAUCCUCCCACAGCACCACGGCUAAAGCUGGUUUCUUCGACGUCGUCAUCUGUUCAUUUGAGCUGGAAUAUCGAGAGAGAACAGCCAGUCAACGGUUUCGUGCUCUUCCAUAAAGCAGAGCGUACCAUGUCUCUGGACACCCAGUCAGCCGAGGGUGCCGGCGAGUGGUCCGAGGUGCAGACGGGAGCCGAAAGGUCCGCCUAUGCUUAUCGCGGCCUACGCUGUGGCCGCAAGUACUCCUUCUACGCCGUGGCCUUUAAUUCCGCCGGGCGAGGACCCCGCAGCAAUGUCGUACACGCCAAGACAGAUGGAUCCGUUCCAAUGGCACCCGAACAACGGGACCUGAUAGAGUCCAACGUGACAUCGGUGACACUUCAGCUUGGCACCUGGAAGAGCGGCGGCUGUCCCAUCGCGUCGUUCGCCGUCCUCUACAAGCCGCAGCCGCACAAGGAUUGGUCUCCAGCGACGAGCGCCCACUUCGUGCCAGACCACCAGCAGCCAGCGGUGCUGGUCAUACCUGACCUCACGCCUGCCACCUGGUACGACCUCCUGGUCACGGCGCAGAACGACGCGGGAGCCACGGAGGCCGAAUACGUGUUCGCCACGCUCACGCUUUCUGGAGGCACGGUACCACCACCCCAGUGGACGCAUGCUGUGGAUUCUCAGCGCCGCCAGAUCCGCCUUAUUAUUCCUAUAGUGUCCACUUUGCUGGUUCUGGUGCUCGUCUCAGCCAUCGCGUGCUACAUCUUGUCACGUAGACGACUCUCGGCGGUGCCACGGAGACGUUCAGGAGACAUUAACGAGGCGCAGGAAAUGACAAAGUCUAUCGAUACGGUGCCGAUGAGUGUGUGGGAGAAGCCCAAGCCACAGGAGAACUUCAAGGACCCUCAGCAACAGGGAGCUGUGGAAGGGGAUCAGUUGUACUACCCGUCUCCUUAUGACGCCGGAGGGCGCCGCUUGGCGUCCCUGUACGCGCCUGGAGGAUUGCACUCCGGGUGGGCGUCGGCACGCAGUCUGAGUGGCGCAGCGGAGGAGCCAGAAGAUGAAAGGAUAGGGCCACGUCACACAUAUGAUGUCCCUUUCUUGCGUAGUCUGCCGAACUGUCAGCAAGAACUCGAACAGCAGUUGCAGAUAGGCACAGAAGAGGAUUUGCUAUCUUCAUCAGAACGGCUUGAGAAACACAUCUAUUCCAAACCAAGCAUACUUUACAUGUCACCAGAGAAAUGCAACAGCCUCCGAAAGUCCCUGCAAGCUGGGAGCAUCAUCGAAGGUUACCCGAACGGAAACGUCUCUUAUGUCUACUCGCGGCCUAAGAAGAAGCACUGGAGAAAUCGCGAUGAAGAAUUGCUCUACGCUGACCACAAACUGCGCAAGCUGUCGAGGUACGCCGAGGAGCUGAAACAGGCGCAGAUGAGCGCGAAAGAAAGUGGCUUGGAGGCCGCUGUCGAGGCUUACGAACUGUCCGAGGCCGAGUGUGACAUGCCCACAAGACGCUUCGCCAUGCAGAGAUAGGAAGGACCGUAUCGCCAAGUUCAUCUAUAGUGUGGCUGCCACUUAUUUAUUUGUGCCUGGUUGAGUGCUGCUCCAAACGAAAGUGAUCACGUGCUUCAAGAAGAAUGAUCUUUUCUCGUGGCGAACGUGUUCCCAAGUAUGUCAGCGGACUGCAACCUAUACGCGUGACUUGCCGUGCGUUAACCAUGCUUCUAUGAUGAGAUGACGUGAAUGAGUCCAGUGAAUACGGCGCUCAUGAGAAAAUGGUGUGCCAGAUUGCUGACUUCGUAAGUUCUCUGUAAAGUUUGGGCAUGGCAAACUUUACCUGCGCUUGAAAAAAAGAAGAGAAGGAAGCAUAACGCUAACUUAAAGAGAAAACUUUUCUGGUCACGUGCAAAGCAAUCAAAAGCACUGCCGUUAACAAUGCUAAAGUGCUGCUGAAGUUCAAUUGCUACGAAUUCCAAAUUUCUUUUGUACACAACAUUUUGUUUGUUAGAUAUACUAUUGCUCUAUAUACGAUGUACUAUGUACAACGUUGUUCUCAUUUUGGUCAUUAAGCAUUUUUCAAGAAUAAGCAUCCACGCGUGAACGAUUUGUCAUGGCGGUGCAAAUGCAGUCUCACGAGGGCAUACAAAGAUGGGCUACAGAUUGGAAAGGGACGUUCUUGCACGGGAUGUCGUGUGGUAUAGUUAUCUUAUGACAAUACUUAAACACUUUCUUAACGACCGUAAUUUAUCUACUGUUGUUAAGCAGCAAGAACUUUUCACAACUUUCAGGACAUCAACUUUCAAGACACAACUUCAAUCCUUGAAGUUUUGCUUCAAGGAUUGCACCUCUCCUAUAAGAGAAGCACAUGUCUGACACAUUAUCUUUCGCUAUCAGUAUGCAGAAGUAAGAAAAAAGGCAACAAGCAGCAUCUUCGAAAUUUUCUAAGUUGACCAUGUCUCACUUGAAAUUUGCAUUUGAACUGUCAUUCACAUAAUCACUGGCUUUAAGAACCGAAAUACUGCAAGCGUACUUUUGCAGGGGCACUUGUGUAACAUGCUAUUGUGGGCACCAGCUUUCACAACAUGUGGCUUUACCUUGCCUGCCGAAAAUAUUUCGGGCUCUUCGUAAUAAUUCAAAGGAGGAAGUGAACAAACACUCACUGUGUGAUAUGCAGAUGUGUUGCGUUUUGAUUAGCCUGAACUACUGAACAUAAGAGAGUGCGCAACGUGCCGAAACACCCGCGUUUCAAAUUUCAAGAGCAUUGUUAAUGUAAACACAGAUGUGCUAGACGUAACAGCGAGAGCGUUGUAAGUGAGCCUAUAGGGAGAAAAAAACAAAAGAAAAAAGUUUGUGUUUUGUACUGUACUAGCCUGUAUGUAUGGGAUUCCUGUGCAUCAACGUUAGAAAGAGAAGUCAUAUGUUCCGUUGUAUAUAAGACUCCAGAGAAGACAUAUUUUUAAUUCAAUGUUGACAAGAAUAAACCACGUUGAAAUACCUA